CGGUAGGGGGAAACCGUAAACAUAGAAAACUUAGUCGACGUUUUACUGGUGAUCAAUACAAAAACGAAACAUUUUAAUCUUCACACUGAGCAACGACCAUCGGAGAUAAAGUAAACUCAGUUGUAAAGAUGUUCUAGAAUAGUAUAGACUAUAACUAUAGACUAUAAUUUUUCAAUAGUGUUGACGAUAAUCUACAUGCUAGCCUUUACCUCCAGCAGGACACCGGGCAUGGCAGCAGGCAGGAAUUUUCCUUUAAAAGUCGACCCAGGGCCAGUGACAAGUCAAGCUAGUCUAAAUUCUAGAGUCAGCGUUGUUUAAAUUUGUAUCCAUCAUCACAUGUAAUUUCUACAUCACAGUGAGACAGUGACAGCUUGUCACUGCAAGACAACAGGCUGGCAAGAUAAAAAAGGAUCAAGUCUAAUCUAUAUUACAUUACAGAAUACAUUUGACAUCAUUUGUGAAUUAAAAUAAAAUUUAGAAAUAAUGUCAAAGCUUAUAUUAGUAUAUGGGCUGACGGAAGACACAUCAGAAGAGCAAUUAUUAAAACAUCUUAAUGGUCUUACAAUAAACGCUGUCAAAGCUACUAGAAUUUGGCUGGAUCCUUUUGUUAAGCAAAGUCCAAGAGCAGUCGCUUUAUUUGAAAAAGAAAUUGAUGAAUGUGAGCUUUUUAGAUGUGCACAAACUAAGGGCUCGAAUUUCAAGGGAAAACCAUUACUCUUUGAAACUGUGACUUCUCCUCAGAGUGUGGUUGUUAACAUAAAUGGAGCCAUUGGAUAUGGAUCGCGUGAUAAACUCAGGUUUCUCUUUUCAUCAAAAAGGUACAAUGGUCAAAAAGUUUGUGAAGUAAAACAGAUGAAUCAAGAAUGGUUUGAGAUUACUUUUGAAGAAAAAUGGAAGGCAGUUUCCAUAAUAAGUUUCAACACUUGGGAAGCUAACAAUGUGAUGUUGAAAGUUUGUCCAUAUUUUACUUGUUUUCAAGAGCAGUGCCAAGAUCAGUUGACAAGAUUAAUGUCAAAGAGCAAAAAGUAUAACAUUCCUGAAAAAACAUAUGUCAGAAAAAAGUCCACCUAUUUUUUCAGAAGUAGAUUAUUUACAUUUCUAAUGGGAUUAUUAGACUUAAAGUCUAGCAUACAAACUCACUACAUGGAAUUAAAUAUUACUAUUGAUACUGAUGAAAUGGAGGCUGAAAUAGAGGGUCCUGAGUAUGAAACCAAAUUAGUUCAUCAGACCAUUUCCUGUGAGGAAAAAAAAUUUUCCUUUACUGAUCUUGAAGUACAGUUUCUAACAGAUCCAGAAAUUCAAGAAACUCUACAAAAUCUUAUCAAAAAUAAAAAAUGGAAGAUUGUGUUAAACAAAACAACACCAGGAUUUGUUGUUGAUCAAACUGGAAAGCAGGUUACAUUAAUGGAUUUUCUCUCAUCCCUGGUCAUUGUCAAAGAAUGUUCUUCUAUUCCUAGUAAAGAUUUUCAAGACACCUCAGAUUGGGUUUCAUUUCUACAAAAUUUUUAUAAACGCUACCCAUAUUGCAGAGUUAUGAUUCACAAUGGUGUUGUAGAAUUAGUUUCUUUAUCUUACCAAGAUCAAGAUUUGGAUUUGAUGGUUACAAAUGUCAAUGCAAAAUUAGGCAAAUUAAUGAGCACGUCAUUAACACAAACCAUAGAAGACAAAAGUCAAAGACAAAGAGAAAAUAUUGAAAAAUCAACCAUAUGCUUUCAGAACAGGAUUUUUCCUUGGCUUUCAAAUAUCUUAAAUAUUAAGAAAGGAAUAUCUCAACUAGUUGAUAGCCUUCAGGUGGACAUCAAUGAAGAAGAAAGUGAGAUUAUUUUUCAGGGACCGAAAGAUGAACUCAAACAUGUGAAAUCUUUAGUUAUUUCUGAAAGUAAUAAGAUCUCUUUCACUGACCUUGAACUAGAGUUUCUAACAAUUCCAGAAAUUCAAGAAUGUUUUAAGAAGUUAGUUGAAGAAAAAAAAUGGCAGCUUGAGUUUGAUAAAUCACAACCAGGAUUUGUUGUUACUGCAAAAUCUGGUAGCAAACAGGUUACAUUAAUGGAUUUUCUCUCAUCCCUGGUCAUUGUCAAAGAAUGUUCUUCUAUUCCUAGUAAAGAUUUUCAAGACACCUCAGAUUGGGUUUCAUUUCUACAAAAUUUUUAUAAACGCUACCCAUAUUGCAGAGUUAUGAUUCACAAUGGUGUUGUAGAAUUAGUUUCUUUAUCUUACCAAGAUCAAGAUUUGGAUUUGAUGGUUACAAAUGUCAAUGCAAAAUUAGGCAAAUUAAUGAGCACAUCAUUAACACAAACCAUAGAAGACAAAAGUCAAAGACAAAGAGAAAAUAUUGAAAAAUCAACCAUAUGCUUUCAGAACAGGAUUUUUCCUUGGCUUUCAAAUAUCUUAAAUAUUAAGAAAGGAAUAUCUCAACUAGUUGAUAGCCUUCAGGUGGACAUCAAUGAAGAAGAAAGUGAGAUUAUUUUUCAGGGACCGAAAGAUGAACUCAAACAUGUGAAAUCUUUAGUUAUUUCUGAAAGUAAUAAGAUCGCUACCACUGGUCUUGAACUACAGUUUAUGAUGAUCCCAGAAAUUCAAGAAUAUUUUAAGAAGCUGGUUGAAGAUAAUAAAUGGCAGCUUGAGUUUGAUAGUACUCAAGCAGCAUUUUUUGUGACUGAUAAAUCUGGUGACAAACAGGUUACAUUAACGGAUUUUCUCUCAUCUCUUGUCAUUGUCAAAGACUGUUGUUCCAUUCCUAGUGAUGAUUUUCAAGACAGCUCUGAAUGGAUUACAUUUCUAGGGAUGAUUCAUGAAAAGUAUCCCUUUCGCAGAGUUAUGAUUCACAGUGACAUUGUAAAAUUGAUUUCUUUAUCUUACCAUGAUUGUGAUUUGGAUGUCAUGGUUGAAAUGAUCAAUGACAAACUGGAUAAGUUAAUGAGAAUGUCAAUAACACAAACUAUAGAAGAAAACUAUCAAGAAAAUACAGAGAUUAUUGAACGAUCAACUAUAUUCUUUCAGAACAAGAUAUUUCUUUGGCUUUUGAAUAUCUUAAACUUUAAACAUGCUGUAUCAGAAGUAGUUACAAACCUUCAGAUGGACAUUAAUGAGGAGGAAUGUGAGAUAAUGAUUGCAGGAACAAGAGAAGACAUCAAAUGUAUUAAAUCAAUAGCUUUAUCUGAAAAGAAUAAGAUUUUUUUCUCUAAAAGCGAGGAGCAAUUUCUUGAUAAUGAAGGAGUCAUGAAAAAAAUUGAAUCAGAAGCACAGAAUGAAAAUUGGCAUAUUGUUUUAGAUAAAGACACAAUAAUGGUUAAAACAGAUCAUUUAGACCAGAUGUCCUUACCUAUGUUUGCAUCAACAAGACUUAUCAAAAGAAAUGAAUUACCAUUUCCAACUGAGGACUACCAUGAAAGUUUACAAUGGUUAUCUUUCAGGGACAAUUUCAAUGCUACUGAAACAACUUACCACAUUACUGGGAGCAGUGACUCUUUCACAAUUCUUUCCUUAGCAACAGAAAAUCCGCAGUCACUAGAUGUGAAACUUGGUGGCAUCUACAGCCACUUGGACAAUUUACUAAAUAGUGCUGCAAAAAACACUGGUGUUCCUUCAAAAGGUUCUGCAGACAAGAUAGAGCAAAAAUCAAUCGCUUGUAAUCAUCAAUUUUUUGUUUGGAUUCUUAGCGUUCUUGGAUUAAAUGCAGCUGUUAGAAAGUAUGACUCCAGCCUUUCUUUGGAAAUUAACUUACCCAACAGUGAGUUGCAUGUCAAGGGUGUAGUUGAUGGUGUUCAGAAACUGGUGUCAUUAAUACUGGCUCUUGAAGAAAGGAUUGCUUUCACCGAAGAUGAGGACAUUUUUCUUGCCAAGGAAGAAACAAAACAGUUCAUAUUGUCUCUCAUAAGCAGCUCUGGCAUAUAUAUUGACUUAUUAAAAAAUGAAGAUAAAAUUACUUUGAAGGACAGAAACGAAGCUUUGAUUGAUUUUGAGAAUUUUGUUUCUACUUUGAUAACCCAGAAAAAAUGUCGACCACUCCCAACAGAUUUUCUAGAGAAUCAGAAUUGGAAGAAGUUUUGUGAAUCUUUGUUGUCUGCUACACCUCCUGGUUAUAUUAUCUUGAAAGGAAGAAAUGUUCUUCUGUAUACUUUUGACACGGAGAGAUGUUCAGCUUCACAAAUGGUCUUAAAAGUUAAUGAAUUCAUUGAAAGUAUUGGGAAAAUGAAAUCGAUGAAUUUAGACACCACACAGUAUGAAAGCAACGUGAAGACUAAAAAUGAUUGUACUGAUAAUUUAGUAAAGAAAACUACCUCUAUUAGUUCUUUAAGAGCUAAAUUUGUAUCCACAAAUAACACAUCCAUCAAAGUAAAUAGCCCAGAAAAAAACAUGGAAACUUCUGAAAAUGUUGUGAAAUUAUCUACAAAAACUUUGCCUUUCGAACAGUUGUAUGCUGUCAAAGAUAAAUCUGAAUUCUACACAGUAACUGUUCAUCAUUCCACUUUUCAUGAACGUUCAAUGCAGUCCACUGAAAGGAAGUCUUACAAAAUAAUAAGAGAUGAUAAGGGAAGCUCUCAAGUUUUAAACAGAUCAACCAGUAGUGAUAAAAAUCAACCAGUAUGUGAUAUGUUUCCACUUAUUCCUCAAGAGUAUGAAUAUUGUGAAAGUUUUCUACAAGAGAAAUUUGUUGAGUUGGAGAGCAAAUAUGCUGCAGAUGUUAAGUUGAGCUUUCAAGCUAUUGAUAUCAAGUGUGCCAGCCAAACAGAUUAUGCUAAGAUAUUUGAAGAAUUGAAAAACAUUUUGAGUGAGAUUUAUUUUGAAGAUAGACUACUAGCAUAUCCAGGACUAAGUCUGUUUGCUCAAUCAGAAGAUGGGAAGCAGUUGAUGCACACUAUUGCUUCUACUUACAAGUGUUUGCUAGAGUUUCCAGAUUUUAAUUUGCAAGACUCAAACAAUAGUAUUCAAAAUCUAGAAUAUAAAGUAAUUGUCCUCAGCACAGCUAUUUGUGAAGGUUACAAGCUGCAUUAUGUCUUAGGUCAUGAAAUGAAUGUUCAGGUAGACAUGAAAGUGGAGUUUAGAAUCAAUGAUACUGUUCAAGAUUGUAAAGUAGAGCCACAAAAAUCAAGUAACAACAUCAUAAUCAAGCUGCCUUCUGUGAAUGAAAAGAAACAAAAUGUUAAGGAAAGUUUUACCAAAGUACUAAGACUGGUUAUUGAUCAGUUGAUUUAUGUUAAAUGCAAGAGUGUGGCAUUUUCCACUGCUUACAUGCAUGACAUAAAUUUUAUCUACAUAGAAUAUCUUUUUGAAAUCUUGCCUCAAGAACUGACAGAAGCAUUUCAAACUUCAAAUCACAGCUGCAAUGUUUACAUUGUAGAGCCCUCAAGCCAGGAUGUAUUCAAUGCCUUUUUGUAUGCACUGAAAGAUCAUAAAAUAACUCAAGACGAACCUGAUUCAACUAGCUGGGAUGAAAUCAGUUUUACAGAUGCUAGCAAUUGUUUGGACUACAGACUUUUAAAAAUAAAAGUCUCAACAAAAUCUGAUAAUUCUAAAACACAUAGUGGAAGAACUUUGGUAUGCUAUCCAAUUGGUCCAAACCUUGAUGUAUCUGUCAUACAUGAUUCCUUUUGUUCCCAAAUUUUACUGGAACAAGAAGUUCAUAAGUUUAAACACGUUUAUCCUGAAGGAUUGCAAAUGGGAGAUUGCCUUCAUAUGAAAAGCUUGGAAGAUGAUAUUGAGAUACUCCUUUACUGUUGUCCUGAGUGGGGCUAUGAUAGUGUCAUGGCCAUAUCUGAUUCCUUGCAAUCAGUUCUACUGAACUCUGCUGAAUUUGAAUAUGUACACAUUAUCCCACCAGGACUGCAUGUCAAUCCUAAAUAUCCCAAGUCAUUUUUGGCUUGGGAAGUAUUUCACAUUCUAGACAAACUACUUACCUCAGAAAAAGUUUUAUUGAAGCAGAAAAUGAUUUUUUUUAUCAUUGAAGACAUUGACUAUAAACAGGCCUUUGAAUUACAACUAAGAAAGAGAUAUUCUAAAAGUGAAAAGUCAUUAAAUAAAGUGAUCCAGAAUAAAAAAGUUUCUGAAGACAAAGAAAGUGAUUUUUCGCUUUGCUCUGUCAAGAACAAAAUUCCAAGUCUUCUUGUAUCUUUUUGGGGCACCUCGGCAGAAAGUAUUAAAGAAGCUGAAUCUAGUUUUAUUAAUCAUUUGGAUAAUUUGAUGAAGGAAAGUUUGAAAACAUACACUUUUGACACAAUGUCUACUGUUGACAUUGAGAAAAUUGUCAAUAGUGCUCAAGAUGUACCAGUUUCUCUUUUAUUGGAAAAGACUUUCAGGGAAAUGAAACCAAAAAAGGGAAAUAAACAGUACAAUAAAGGGACUGGGGAAAAAGAAUUAGUGAGCUCAUCACUUCACAUUCAAGGCUUAAGUUAUGAAUUUGUUGAAGAUUAUACUAAAGAAAUUCAAGAAAUUAUUUCCAGUAAUAAGCCGGAUCUUAAAAGCUAAGCAUGUCUUUCAUUUAUAAAUUAUACACUAGGGAAUAUAACAGCUAGCAUAUUUUGAAUAUUAAUACAUUUUUAUUUCAAUGGACCAUCCUUAAUAAUCAGUUGUUUUAUUGUGCUUUUACUAUGUAAUAAAUUACUUUUAUAACAGUGAAUUUUUUUUUUUCAUUAUAUUUUUAAUAAAAAAUUAAUUAGUAUUUAUUUACUUUUAUCUUACUGUUUCCUUUUUUUAAAACUAAUAAUUUUUAGGCUUUAUAUUCUACAUAUGUUUAUAAAUGUAGAAUACAGACAUGACAUGGAAUAAUUUUUUGUUUUAAAACACUCAUAUUCCUUAAGUCAAGCUAUAGUCCUAAAAGUCAUUAUCUAAUCAUGAUAGACUGAUUUUAUGUAGGAUGCAAUCAAUAAUUCAAAAAUAUAUUGUAAUGAAAUAAUGAAUUUGAUUUACUUAAAGAAGUGUUAAUUUGAUUUUAUAAAAACUAAAUUUUUGUAUCAUUUUAAAUGUGGGGAAAUUUUGAUGAAUUUGUCAAAUUAAAUCAUCAUCAAACUCCAUUUGAGUAAGGGCUUGAGAGGCUCAAAUCCUCUCUUGCAAAAGCCCUGGACAGAAACCUUGCUAUCUUGCGUAGUGCAUGCAUACAGGUCGAGAAUUUUUAGUUACCCAGACCUGUCGAGACGGAGAUCAGCAAGUCUGGGGCAGUCAAACAGAAUAUGAGGCACGGUUUCCUCUUCUUCCUGGCAGUGGGAAUUAAAUAGAUUUGUUGGCAUUGUAAAUAGAGGUCUAACAUUCAGUAAAAUGUAGGACUACCAGUGUAAACAUAUAUUUGGAAAAUUAAAAAGUUCAUAACAGUAAAUUAAUGGACAUUUUUUAACAAUAUCAACAAUGGCCUGAAAUAACUUGUUUGUUUCAAAAAUUAAAAUGUCACACUAUGUGUGAUUGUGUUUAAAAAAAGCCUUUAAUGAUGUUAUUAAAAUUUUAAAAAAGGUAUUCGGUAUUUACUUAAUCAAGAUUGAAAAAUAAUGAUUUUUUUUUCAUUAAUGUAGGUCUUAUCAUUUAAUAUGUUUUCAUUGUUCAAUAUAGUUUUUGUUACUCCUUUUAAAAAUUGAAAUAGAUUAAAACUCAUUUUUAGGUUCAGUAAAAGAAUCUUUUUUUGUUUUAUUUUUCUAUCUUCCAAUGUUAAUUUUCCAAUAGUAACAGGCAUAUACUUUUAGGACCCUUGAAAUUUCGUUACUUUACCAUCCACAUCUUUCCCUGUAUGUGUGAAUUUUUGAAGUGCCAAUUCCUUAUAUAGACCACCCUUCACCUGGACUAGCAACUACUGUAAACUUCUAGGAAAAGAAUCAUGAGUCCCCAUCUGGACCAGUUUCAUUGUUAUUGGCUUUGAACUAUUUUUAUUAGUUCAUAUCUCACACAUCCGACAGAGAUGAUGCUAUUAGCUUCCUUAGCCUGACCUUGAUCCUUGACUCACUUCUGCCAGAGAUUCAACAUCAGACCAUGAUUGUUCCAUAUACAGGUUAUUACAGUAAAUAUAUAUAUUUCAACUUGAUUAAAAAUUAAAUGUCCACCUACUAUUACAUAAAAAAUGUGUACACUUUUGUUAUGUGAAAUCAAAGUUAUUUUAUACAGUUAAUUCUGAUUGGUCAAAUCACUUUGGGAUGUGACUACUUUUAUCCAAAUGAUUGGCUGGUUUGUUGUGCAUUCAAUCUAUAUUAUAUACAGAAAUGCAGUGUCAUUAAGACUUAUAUUAUGUGUAUUUGAAACCAUUAAGGUGAAUAUAUAAAUUAAAACUACUGUGACUUCUGUGGUCCUGUUCAACAGUUUGGGUCCAAAUAAGCAAAUGUUAUUUUACUUAUCAAAUAUUAUUUGUUUUGAUUCAAACUCUUAAUAAGAAACAGGUUUAAGUAACUGAUGUUCCAUUUAAAGUGGAUUGAAUUGUAAAAAUGUAUAAACUUCUUAAUGCAUUUCUUUUUAGAAGUAUUUUAAAUUAUACAAAGUCAAGCCGUGCCAGUCAAUUGAAUUUUCAUUUAACAUAUUUAGCAAUAACUAAAAUUCAUUAUUUUGUUGUUGAAUGCUGUUGCAAAUAAAUGUAAUAGUUCUGAAAGUCAGUUUUUUUACUGUUAUUUGCAUAUAAAUUUAAAAAAAAUUCUAGAAAUUUGUUGAAA